CAGAGAGAAUAUAGAGGAGUAAUGUAGGUAGACGCGAUGCAAUGUUCUCGCUCGAUCAGGACUAAACAGACGUGUUCAAUUUAAUUCAGUGUAGUAUUUUUUAUUUAGUUAGUUACCAUUUGAAGAAAGAAUAUUUUUUUCUAAGAUGUUUCUGUGGUUAGUGGUUUCCAGUCUCGUGUCUGAAGCACUAGCUUUGAAUAAUGGACUAGCACUUACGCCACCUAUGGGCUGGCUCUCCUGGGAGAGGUUUCGGUGUAUAACAGACUGCCAGAAAUAUCCUCAGGAAUGCAUCAGUGAAAAUCUAAUUAAACGAACAGCAGAUAUAAUGAUCAGCGAGGGGUAUCUCAAUGCUGGGUACAAUUAUGUGGGGAUUGAUGAUUGCUGGCUGGAAAAGACUCGUGGACCCGACGGACGGAUGGUGCCUGAUAGAGAACGGUUUCCAAGCGGGAUGAAAGCGCUCUCCGAUUAUAUCCACGAGCGCGGUUUGAAGUUCGGUAUGUACCAGGAUUACGGUAACUUCACGUGCGCCGGAUAUCCGGGUGUCCUCGGCAACGAGAAGUUGGAUAUCGACACGUUUGUUGAAUGGGAGAUCGAUUACCUUAAACUUGACGGGUGUUACAUACAACCAACGGAUAUGGAUGCAGGUUACCCUCAAUUUGGAAAGAUGUUAAAUGAAACUGGUCGACCGAUUUUAUACUCUUGCAGUUGGCCCGCUUACCAAGAAGAUGCCAAGAUCCUGCCCGAUUACGCCGCAAUUGCCGAGCACUGUAACUUAUGGAGGAAUUGGGAUGACAUAGAGGACUCUUGGGCUUCUAUGACUAAGAUCAUGAAUUGGUUUGGUGACAACCAAGACAGAUUAGCGGAACACGCAGGACCAGGGCACUGGAACGACCCAGAUAUGUUAUUGAUAGGAAACUUUGGACUAACGGUAGACCAAGCACGAGUACAGAUGGCGGUAUGGUCGAUCCUGGCAGCGCCGUUGCUUAUGAGUGUGGAUUUGGCUACUAUCAAACCAGAAUUCAAGGAAAUUCUUCUAAAUCGGGACAUCAUUGCUAUUGAUCAAGACGUACUGGGGAAACAGGGCUUGAGGAUUUGGAAGAAGACAGAUGCUGGUCCGAGGAAGGGUUUGGAGAUUUGGAAACGCGAACUCUCGGAUGGUUCGUUAGCCAUGGCUUUUGUGAGUCAACGAGAUGACGGAAUUCCUUAUGCAGCAAACUUCACCUUUGAAGAGAUGCAAUUAGCCAAUCAAGCAUUUGAUGUUCAGGAUCUAUACAAAGACGAAUCUGAUAAGUUACUUCAAGCUAAUCAAGAGUUUGAAGUUAGGAUAAAUCCUUCCGGUGUAAAAUUUUACAAGUUCAUACCAAAGAACUAAAGUGAACGUGAAGUAAAUUGUAAAUAGUAACUUAGUAAUUUAAGAAUUAUUAUUAGAUAAAAAAACUACUGAUGUACUGUUAAUAAUAAACAAUAGUUAAAAUUGA